UCAAUGCCUUGGAGUGAAAUCCUGCACCGCUGAAGUCAAAAGCAAACCCAUUUACUUCACUGAGCCCGGGAUACUGCUAUUGAUUCCGAUAGUCCCAGGUGCUCAGUACAGCUUGGUUUACCCGAGGAAGUGCCUGCCUGUUGUAACUGCGAUCAUCACAGACAGGAUCUGUCAGCGCAGGGAACUGCGCCACUGGGGACUGAUGACAGUUACUCAGGCAAUAGGAAGGCGGCCGUGGAACACAGGAACCAUAAAUCUUACAACUUCGGAACCGAAACUUGCUUUCAGAAUUCAGCUCCCAACAUCAACUUUCUGCUUCUGACUGAGAAGGAUCGAACUUUUCUGAAACUGCCUUCGCAACGCGUCCCUGUCGGAUUGUAUUCCCUUUACGUGGCUGCAGAAAGAGCAGCCCAGCCAGCGCAGGCUACUGAUGGCUGACUGAAUUCCAAACUCCUGCUCCGCGGCGUGACAUUGGAGUGAUGUAAUGAGACCGGGGUGAGACUGCAGACAGGAGGAACGUCAGCAUCAGCAGCGUCUCCUAGGGGAACGGGGUUUGUUCUGGAAACUGGAGUGAGAAGGGAGUUCUGUGUCACGGGGGAAAUGGUGAGAGAUGGAACCGAAAGGUAAAUGCAAACUGAUCACUUAAAUUCAUCAAGAACCUUUCAGAGGAUUGAAGUUACCGAGAUCGGCCAGCCUGGCUGAGACCACUUAGCGAUGACAAAACAAAAGCUUCUGCUUGAUGGGACAUUCUCCUUGUUUCUGAUCGUGGCCUGUGAAGCUCAGCAGCUCCCGAGGAGUCAUGCUGCUGCCAGUUCUGGCCCUUUGUGCGAGAAGGAAGCAGAGUCCUGGGGAAACCUGUUCAGCAGUGAGCGGCUGGAUGCAUGGGUCUGUUCCCUCAUCGGCUCGUUCAUGGUGGGGCUGAGUGGGGUCUUCCCCUUGCUCGUGAUCCCCUUUGAGACAGGAGCCGCCCUGCGGUCAGAAGCUGGAUCACGUCGUUUGAAGCAGUUGUUGAGCUUUGCAAUUGGUGGACUACUGGGGAAUGUGUUUCUGCACCUGCUUCCCGAAGCCUGGGCCUACACGUGCAGUGCAACAACAGGAGAAGGGCAGAGCUUUCAGCAGCAGAAGCUUCUGGGUCUCUGGGUGAUUAUUGGUUUCCUGACCUUCCUGACGCUAGAGAAGAUUUUCCUAGAGAAAGAAGAGAAGGAGUGCCCUGGUGUGGGCUGUGAUUACAAAGCGCCAGCUGGAAAGAUUCCCAAUGGAAGUGGCUACCCCCUGUCAAAGGUAUCGGGCAGAUCCCAAAGAGAGGAAACAGGUUCAACUCAGUGUAACGGCUCCACUCCGCAGUCGUGUCCAACAGACAACAGAAUCAAGAUUAGUGGAUACCUCAAUUUGCUGGCCAACACCAUUGAUAACUUCACACAUGGCCUGGCAGUCGCAGCCAGCUUCCUGGUUAGCAGAAAGGUUGGGUUUUUAACCACAAUGGCCAUUCUCCUGCACGAAAUCCCACAUGAGGUUGGGGACUUUGCAAUCCUACUUCGUGCUGGAUUUGACCGCUGGAGUGCAGCCAAGAUGCAGCUAUCCACAGCUCUUGGGGGGAUUUUAGGAGCCUGCUUUGCAAUAUGUGCUCAGUCACCGAAAGGAGCAGGGGAGACAGUAGCCUGGAUCCUCCCUUUCACUUCUGGAGGAUUUCUGUAUAUUGCCUUGGUAAAUGUUGUGCCUGAUCUCCUGGAGGAAAAGAACCCGUGGAACUCCCUGCAGCAAGUUCUGCUCCUGUGUACAGGCAUUACCGUCAUGGUGCUACUCUCAUUCACAACUGACUGACCUCUGCGCUGACUUCAUGAUGCCUCCCAGAGCCACGGCAGUGACUCUGAGCUGUUACAAAGCAAUAAGGAACACUAAUGUUAUUUCCUAUGUGUGUGCGUGCAGAUCUGGCUGCUAGUGUGAGAAGCAGGUGAGAAAGAGGUCUGGGUGUGCAGGACUUCGUUCCCUGGCUCUCCUGUCCCUGUUCUGCUAAAAUCCCACACAUCAGGGCUUCUAUUUUUUUAUGGAGCAAAAGAUACAGCGAGCAGAAACGAACUGAACAACUGCUCAACUGAGAAUGGACAAAGUUUUAUUUGGUUCAUUCUGAUGGAACUGUACCUCCCAAGCUCUUGUGUGAACACAACAGAGGCGAUCCCUGUAGCUGGUGAAGAACGUCUAUACCACUCUGAGGGCUGGAGACAGAACAGGGAUGGCAAAACAACAGUAAAGCAACAGCUUUAGCCAGAACUCCCUAUCCACGAGGAGUUACGGUGCUAUGAAAACCUGCAUUGCAGAUAGAGGGGAAAGGCUCCUUUCCAACUUAUCUCUGGCUUUUCAUUGACAUCACUUGUUCCUAAGGGUAGUAUUAGCCUUGGCAGUUCACUUCUUUGGUCUGUUUAGUAUUUACUUCUGUUGAAAUCGAGCCAAGAACCUGGGGCACUUUUGGAUAGGUCACUACAAUUAAAUGGCUCAGCUUGGAGAUUACUUGCCUCAGCCCUUACCACUCCAACAGCCAGCACAGCCUGUUUGUUUUUCUGAAAAAUGGUCAGUAAAUGAUUCUUCUGUUGCCAGACUAUCAGCUCAUCUACACGUGAAAGGAAAGCCACGUAGCUGCUAUUUCUGACCUUCCUCUCCUCAUAACCAUCAGCUGAACAUGGCCGAGCCUGCUCCUGAGACCCAAUUCACCCACCGUCUGCUCACAAGUUUCCAAGCCCUCUUGAGAAGGAAGGAUUAGCAUGUCAGCCCUGCCUGGCACGUUACAGCAGUCCUAGACUGUCAUGGCUCAGGUCAGUUUGGGCAGUGGUUGGACUCCAUUCAGUACAGCCUGGUCAGCAGCAUAUAACCCCAUGUUAGCUUUUCCUCUGUUCAAUGCAGCAUGUUUAAAGGCGUGCUGUAACCAAAGCUAUAGAUGGUAGCUUAUUUCUGGUCGCCUUACCUCAUGGUGGUUAGUCCGUUGGGGAUGAAUGGAUGAGCAAUAAUACUGGGAUUCCUUAAGGGAAGGGGUACAGCUGCAGGGAAUACUGGAGGGAGGGUGAAAUGGGAAGGGUGAAACUGCUGGUUAAAAAUCCGUUUUUAAAAAAUGGGUCUGGAAAAGCUGUGUGCUGAGCAAGGAGAGGAAAGGGUAGCGUUAAGCAUGCUUUAAGAGUUUUCUGUUGUAUGAUAUUUGGGGUAACAUUUUUGGCAAUUUUAGGUCAAUAAAAAUGAAUGACAUUUCUAGCACUUUGCCCAGACGGGCAAAGCAGACAGGGCUGACCAAGCCCUCAUUCCACAGGGAUGCUUUAGUGCCACAGAGACGUGCGCAAUUGCUAGAUUAUCCAUUCUGCAGAGCUUAUCCUCGCUUUGCUUAAAUGUGUUUAAAAGCUGGUCUAAUUGAAAUAGCAGAAUCAUUGGAUACAAAACAGGUGCCACAAUGUGAAUUGCACCAAUUCAGUUUUGUUUUUAAACAGCUUUUCUAAAUGAGCACAGCUCUCCAGUCUUCACAAAGCCUUAUCAAGAGGGCUUGUCCCCAGAGGGGGUAAUUUGGGUCGGAGCAAUGAUGCAGGUAUGCUGCCCGCAGCAGAGGCAUUUACUUUCCUAAGAGAUUCUUGAACUGUAGACACAGUUCUUUUCUUAUGACAGCUCCUGUCCUACUUUUCAGGGAGAGCUGGAGAGCUCAUGCUUGCAGCUUUCUCUGCCCAGGAACUGCUGUCUGAAUUUUUUUCGUCUUUCCUUACCCCAGGCUCACACAGUAAGUAGUUUCACAGUGAGGGAGGCUUAGUACCUUUUUUUUUUUCUUAGGGGAGGAGGAGUGUUUUGGAAAACAAAGUAGCUUUCCUUUGUCAGCUUCUCCCUCUGUCAUUCAGUUGUCAGAAAGUCUAAAGGUAGCAUCCACUUUCCUGGAAGAUUAAUCUGAUUAGCCUGCAGGGACUGGAUGAAUAUAUUAACCUCCCUAGUUCUAGCUUCGUUGUUCCCCCCUACCCUCCCUGGGGACUAAAGCUAGCUGGACCCUGUAGUAGGGCUUUGGAGGCUGAGUUUGUAAAGAGGUGCAUGCAAUUUCCCAAGAUCUCUCUCAAAAUGAGACUGGUGUUUAAGUUGAAGCAUUGCCAGGUGGGUGCCCAUGAGUUGGUGUUGUUGCAUCAGCAUUGACUCUUGCCAAGACUAAACUACAGUCAGGAUUUUGUGCUCAGCGUUCAGGAAUGUGAAGUGGAUGACACUGAAGAAGGAAUUUCUCAGUUGUUUUUCUUGGCUGAUACCACAGGCCCAGAGAGUCUGCGGUUCUUGGGAAGACACCCUGUAGAGGGUAUCCACGGGGCUUACAGGAGAGGCUGGCUUUCCACUACAUGCAAUGUCAGCCCUGGGGCUGAGGAUGCAGAGCAUUGGGAGGAAAUGGAGCAUCACUCCACCACAUUUGUCACUUUUGGAAAUGCAGAGAGAUUAGUAUUUUCUAAGCUCUAUUUUUUCAGCUACUCUUAUGCAUUUUCCCACUUCAUCUGUAUUGGUCUGCUCUGCAUGGAGACAAUAGAGAUGAAAUAAAUGGUUUUUCAUUGUG